AGUGCUUCCAGCGGAGACAUGGUGGACGGACGCGCUCUGUGUUGCAUCCGAAAAUGCCGAGAGUAUACGAGCUGCCGGUUCGCGCCUCAAAGAGUGUUAACUUGUGCUUAAAAAAACUUGCAUAAACCAAAAAUAAAAUACAGUGGUACAAGUGAUGCAGCCGACUGUGAUCGUAAAUCAGGAAAGGAAAUGGAAUGCCAAAGCGAAAUUUCUUUUAAAGUUACACAGCGGGAUUAAAAAAAGAUUUAUCUAUGGAAACAAGAAGAAACUAGGUUUAUUUUCGAAGCUUACACAUUAUGUUGCUUCUAGUAAUCCGUGCAGGGGCUCACGUUAGAAACUUUUUGUAGAAAACACUUUAUCGUAAUGAUCCCCUAAAGUAAAUAUAAAAAUAGAUUGCUAUCAGUAAGAACUUUUUUUUUAAUAUGACACUAUACUUUCUAACGGGUACUUGAGAAUGUUCUUAAGUAAUUUGUCAACGAGUUAAUUAAGAACUAGUAUAAACGUUGACAGAUUUAGUGGAAACAGGUAGUGUUCUUGGAGGAGAUAAUUUGUGACGAGAUGCUCUCGAGCAAUUUAAAAAUUAGAGAUCGUCUAUUUUGAAACAAACUAAUUAAGGGUACGUAAAUUUAUUUAGUGGUGUUAAUUAUUAGUGGCGAUGAAGAGAAGAAGAGUGUCAAAUUAAAUAAAUUAGAAUUAACUGUGUAAAAUAUAAUAAAGAUAACACAAAAUGGCGAGGAGUUUGAAGAACACGAGGAAGCAUUCUUACAUCUUGAAUGCUAUUCUACUCAUGGUGUCCAUGAUUUACGAAGCAGGCGGCCUCCGUACCACAGAGCUGAGGAUUACGCCCCGAGUCGCUCAAAAAGGCAGAAAUGUCACUAUGGCCUGCCUAUAUCAGAACCACGAUUACGGUGUCUAUUCGGUGAAGUGGUACAAGGGUGCUCAAGAGUUCUACAGAUAUUCGCCGCUGGAGUAUCCAAACACGAGAGUGUUGCCAGUUAAUGGAAUCAAAAUCGAUAGGUUAAGGUCUAACGAAACGCAUGUGGUGCUACUCCACGUCGGGGUCGCGCUGAGCGGCAACUACAGCUGUGAGGUGAUACAGAAUGCGCCGUCCUAUCCUCACUCGCUUUCUACAGCGCGAUUGGAUGUAGUUGGAGUCGGCGGCCUUCGAGCUAUAGAGCUUCGGAUAUCACCCCCCGUGGUACAGAGGGGGUCUGACGCAACUCUGGCGUGUUUAUACGAGUUAACUGACGCGCCACUAUACAGCGUCAAGUGGUACAGAGGACGUCACGAGUUCUACAGAUAUUCGCCGACGGAGACGCCCGCGACGAAGAUAUUUCCGUUUGCCGGGAUCAACGUCGAUUUGGCCAGAUCCAAUCAGAGUCAGGUGGUGCUCACAAGGGUUAGCUUCGGGCUGUCUGGAAACUUCAGCUGUGAGGUGACAGCUGAUGCACCCUCCUUCGCUACUUCUAUCGUCUCUAACACUAUGGAGGUUGUUGUACUACCUCCGUCAUCACCUUCUAUCCAAACGAGUCAGCAUUACUACACACCCGGGGACAUAAUGCGGGCCAACUGCUCGGCUGGUCCCAGCCGGCCGCCUGCCGAGCUCUCCUUCUUCAUUAAUGAUUCACCUGUGACGCCAGGGAUGUACCAGGUGAAUCCAGCAGAGGAGGGCCUCUUCCGUUCAGAACUGUACGUCCAAGUGCAGCUGUGGCCUGCCCACUACGAGAGGGGAGCGCCGAUCCUCCGCUGCGAGGCUCGAGUGGCGGACCUGUACCGAGAUGACUCCGUCGUUGCAUUGUACUUCACUAAUAGCGACCCUAAAAUUGAAAGAGUAACAUCACCAGGGUCUGCGACGAAACUACACGUGUGCCAACUAUUAUUCGUUUCCAUCGUAAUAGUAUGGGCGAACAACAAAUAGAUGU